GUUAUCAACUGGGUGUCCUCGGACAUUUCACAUCGCAGUAAUGGCUUCGCGGUCUCCUCGAGACAUCUACGAGGACUAUCUCGGUCGUCGCAAGGCAAUACUGCGAGCGCUUACGCAGGACGCUGAGAAAUUUUGGCACCAGUGUGACCCGCAGAAGGAGAAUUUAUGCUUGUAUGGUUACAACGACGGGACAUGGGCUGUAGACCUCCCUGCAGAGGAGGUACCGCCGGAGGCUCCUGAGCCUGCCUUGGGUAUAAACUUUGCUCGCGAUGGGAUGGAGAGAAGCGCUUGGAUUAGCCUUGUGGCAGUACAUUCAGAUAGCUGGCUCUUGGCGCUCGCGUUUUAUAAAGGAGCACGGCUGAACCGCGAAGAAAGGGAAGAGCUCUUUUCGCUCAUCAACAAGCUGCCGACCUGCUAUGAGGUCGUUUCGGGGCGCGUCAAGCAAUCCGUGGGAGGGCCAACAACUAAUGUUGGUGGCCUGAAACGGCCUGGGGGCCCCGGUGGGCCAUCCCGAACAGCGCCUGCGCGUGCUGCACGACAGGGCGACGAUGAUGGCGAGGAUAUCGCUGGGGGCAGCGCCGACUGGGAGGAUGGCGAGGGCGACCCUUGUCCAUCUUGUGGGCGAUUGUACCGCACUGAGGAGUUUUGGAUAGCAUGCGAUUUCUGUGAUACCUGGUACUGCGGCCGGUGCGCCAAGAUGACGGAGAAGAAGGCCUCCCAAAUGAAGCAGUGGCGGUGCAACCAGUGCUCGGGGAUACAAUAGACAUUAUCUUCUAGGGAUGAAUCUCUGUGGGGCGUAGGGGGGAUCGCUCCUCGUCUGCUCAGUCACGCAACUGUAGUGUGCAGAUGCCACCUUUUGGAGUGAAGGGAAGCCUGUUCAGUGAUUGUAGCGGCCGG